AAAAUUUGCAAAUUUCGUGAGUCUUUGGUAAUAGUAAUACACACAAAAAGCAAACUCUUUGAAUGGCCUUCACGUGGCUUCACUUAACUCUGCCCAGUCCCACUAAUUCCCUCAAGAAACCAUGAGAAAGAAACUCAAAACCAAACCAAAACACAAACCCAGCUGUACAAUCACAGAAGCAAGAAAAUAUCAGAUUUGCCAUUUAGAGAGUCAGUACUGCAGCUGUUCUUCUGCGUCGAGACGACAGAAAAAUGUGUUAUGUAGGGAAAGCAACAAAGAUAUUCAUCUUCAUAGUCACAGUCGUGGUGGUUCUAGGACUUGUCUUGGGAUUCGGGCUCCUGCGCCACGGCCUUCACAAUAAGUCCCACAAAUGCUCUGGUGAUUACUGCAACUCUCCUCCUCUCAUCCUCCCUAAUCCAAGCCCCGACAAUCCCAGCCCUAACCCACCCAGUUCGGCCCAGCUCAGUCCUCCUAACCCGAACCCUACUCCGGACCCUGUGUCCAACCAACCAAGCCCACCUAGCCCGACCCAAUUUAGUCCGCCAAGCUCCAGCCUGAGUCCACCUCCACCUGAUACUAACCCAGCUCCGCCUCCUCCAAAUUCUGCUUCGUUGCCGCCUCCUCCACCUCCGGAUGGUGGGACUGCUCUUACCGGGGCGGCGGCUCCGUACAGUCCACCGGGUCCUGUGGUCGUGUCUCCAGGUCCCGUGCAUGCGUCGCCCAUUACUUAAAGUAAUUCGGGAUCAUUGGUAGCUGGAAUUGUAUUAAUGUUCUCGAUUUAACAUUUAUGUCAAUUCAGUUGACAACGUUACCAAAUCCCGAGCUGGGUUUGUCUACGCUGAACCGACUAGCGAGUGAUUU